AUGUCAGCUGUCAAUGACACCACAUUCAGCUAUGCCGUGUUCCUUCUCAGCGGGAUACCUGGGCUGGAAGAUGUCCAUCUCUGGAUCUCCAUCCCCUUCUGCUUCAUAUAUGUUAUUUCGACAGUAGGCAAUUCAGUCAUUCUGUUCAUUAUAAAAACAGAUCCAAGCCUCCAUGAGCCCAUGUACAUUUUCCUUUCCAUAUUGGCGCUCACAGACCUCGGCUAUUUGAUAUCCACCAUGCCAACCAUACUGGGCGUGUACUUGUUUAACUUCAGGGAGAUCGGCCUCCAUGCUUGUUUUGCCCAACAGUACUUCAUUGCUGCACUUCAAUGCACGGAAUCUGCUGUGCUCUUGUUGAUGGCUUUUGACCGUUUCAUCGCCAUCUGCAACCCGCUGAGAUACGUUUCCAUCUUAACCCUGCCGAGAAUAGCCAAGAUGGGGCUGGCGUUUGUGCUAAGAGGGGUGGCUGUAACAUUCCCACUCCCCUUUCUCCUGAAACGGUUCCAAUACUGUCGAGCCAAUGUCCUCUCCCAUUGCUACUGUCUACACCAAGACAUCAUGAAGUUGGCUUGUGCAGACAUCACCGUCAACAGCAUCUAUGGCUUGACCAUUAAAAUCUUAACAAUGGGGUUGGACUUGCUGCUCAUCUUCUUCUCUUAUGUAAUGAUCCUCAAAACAGUGCUGAGCAUCGCCACCCAUGCGGAGUGCCUUAAGGCUCUGAACACCUGCGUCUCCCACUUCUGCACCGUCCUGCUCUUCUACAUUCCCGAGAUCAGCAUCUCUGUGAUAAAUAGAUUUGUGAAAGGUUCUUCUCCAUUGCUUCCAGUUCUACUGAGCUACAUCUCCCUGAUGGUCCCACCCCUGAUGAACCCACUAGUGUACAGCAUCAAAAGCAAAAACCUUCGUGCGAGUAUAAUCAAGGUGUUUAGCAAAUGA